AUGAGCCAAGAGGAUCUGUCAAGGGCAACAUUUGGCAGAUUUCGCCGCGGAACUCCACGGGCCGAUCCCCCGUCGGAACAAACGUGGGUCCUCUUCGUUGAUGGCUCGUCGGACAAACGUAACGCCAGAGCGGGGAUUGUCAUUGAAGGGCCGGGCGGCUUUACGGUUGACCAUUUCCUGCAAUUCAAGUUCAAGGCGUCAAACAACCAAGCAGAGUAUGAAACACUAAUUGCCGGGCUGAGGCUAGCAAAGGACCUAGGCGCAAGAAGGAUAAAAUGUAAUACUGAUUCGCGGAUCGUGGUCGAGCAGGUGCAAGGGGAAUAUCAACUUAAAGACGAUCUGCUGCUGCAGUAUUAUCACAAGGUGAUUGAAGCCAUGAAAGAGUUCGAAGAAAUAACUAUCCACCAUAUCCCCCGAGCGGAGAAUGCCAGAGCUGAUAGGCUAUCCAAACUGGCAGAGGAAAAGAAAAGGGUCAGCUGA